AUGGCGACGAAGAAGCAGAGCUCGCUAUUUUCAUUCUUCACUCCAAAGUCAGGUUCGACGCCUUCCUCAUCGACUCCCAAAUCUCCUGCUGUCAAGAAAUCGGUGAAAAGGGAAAACUUGGACGACGAUUUCACAGAUGAAGAAUCGAGGACUCUGAAGCGGGUUAACAACGACCAUGAAGGAUCUCCAGUCGCCAGGGUUAAAAGUACUGUCAAACGGCGUAGAGUCAUAGUUUCGUCGGACGAGGAGGAUGAUGGCGAGAACGUCCUAGCAGUGAGAACUCCUCCUUCAUCAUUGAAGGAUGUGAACUCCACACCGACAUCAAAAUCGCAGGAAAUCUCUACGCCGAAGACUGCGAGAGGAUUGCGACCGCUGAAACCUUGCUCGACGCCACUAUCAACUAACGCAUCCACCGCAUCAGUUGACACUCUGGACCGCACGAUGUACCAAGUCGACGCGAGCGAACGUAAGCCAAGAAAAGAAGAGCUGUCAGGAGAUGAAAGCGGAAAGUUCCUCCAUGAAACGCUUGAGUUUUUGAAGCCAGAGAAGAUUCGCGAUGCGCAAGGCCAUCGUCCUGACGAUGAUGACUACGAUCCAUCAACGCUUUUUGUACCAGCUAAGUUCCUCAAAGAACAAACGGAAGCUCACGUGCAAUGGUGGAACUUUAAGAGCAAAAACUUUGAUACUUUGCUGUUCUUCAAAGUAGGGAAAUUCUACGAGACUUUCCAUAUGGAUGCUGUAGUGGCCGUAGAAUGUUUAGGACUUACUUUUAUGCGGGGCAACUAUGCUCAUGCAGGUUUCCCUGAAGCUGCGUAUGGUAAAUUUGCCGAUCAGCUGGUGUCACGCGGGUACAAAGUUGCUCGUGUGGAACAAACCGAAACACCACAACAAGUUAGAGGAGCGAAAUAA